AGACGACGGGCAGAAAGAAAGCUAAUGAUAUCUAGGUUUAUUAGUAAGCAGAAAUUGUGACUGGGAUGACAAAGCGUGCUCCACAGUUCUGCUGAGCUUCUUUUAUAUUCAACAAUUUCUCAGAGAGGCUCCUCAGCUUCCUUAAAAAGGUUUCUGGUUAUGGUUUCUAAACGCUUCAUGCUCACCAUCAGUUUCCUACCAGUGGCAACCGAACAUAGUGUCUGUGGUGACUGAGGAGAGAAAGCAGACUCAUCUUGAAAUCCUCAGCUCCUGUAAGGAAUUUUCACGUUGUGUCCAUUUUGGUGCUCCCUGUGGACAAAGAGGUGCCCCUUUUCUAUUUGCUUAUAUUAUCCUGUACAUGAGUAAUGUCCUUUGACAGUAAUCCUUUUUUCUGUUUUCAAAUGUUUGAAGUGCAGCUCACAGUUUAAGGGUGGAGACAAAGGUGUAAAGGCUGUUUCAGGAGUGUGCUGUUUAUCACAUUAUCUGACACCUACACCAAGGCAGUACUGACAGCCAUAUAGCUGUGAAAGACCCAUGCAUGCACUUGUUUGCUUGUUGCCACCAAGGGUAGCACCAUCAGUUAAUAGGUCAAGGGGCAAUUAUAUUUUUUCACAUAUGGAUCGGAAAGUGCUUUUAUCCCCUUGAAAUGAAAUUAUUAUAAAACAGCAUUUUGUAUUUACUCAGGUUAUCUUUGUCUAAUAUUAACAUGUUUUUGAUUGUCUAAAACAUGUAAGUGCGACAAAUAUCAAAAGUACAAGCAAUCAGGUUCAUUCAGGAACAGUCUUGUAACACAUUUAACCAUUUUAUUGAGAAAUGGAUUUACAGUUUAACCUGGUGGAGAAGGCUCUGCUCACAAGAUUCUCCCUGGGUUAGUCAAGCAGCUGCUUUGACUUUCCAGGGAGUGCAGGGCUAGAAGCCCCCAUAUAGACUGUUACAUCGAUGACAAUGUGUAUUGAAUACGAUAAAAUUAUUUCAAAAGCAACUAAUAUAGUAGUAUGAAUCUCAAUGUGAGGCUGCAAUAAGCUUUAUGCUAUAAAGGAGGAAGCUGGGGUGGAGGAGGUUAAGCUUUGUCAGCAUUAUCAGCAUGGUGCAUAAGCAUUAAUGCAAGCAGGGUUUAGUGAGAAGUGGGAGGUGACAAUUGGUGUCAUUUGGCCGUCAGCUGAUCAUGGCUGGGCGUAAGGCUAUACCAUAUGUUGCAUGAACUAAUGCUAAGCUUCAAAAGGGGAACAUACUUUUCCACAGCACUGAAAAACAACUACUCACAUUGUGCUUUGGGCUUUACUAUAGAUAUGGUUAUGGGUGGAACAGUAGAGGUAGUAAAAUUAGCUGUUUUGAAUGGAAUUAGCCCACAAUUUAGCAAGCAGUGCUUCUAUUUUCAGCCUGAUGUUCAAGUAAAUUAUAUUAGUAAUAAGUUAUCAUUUCUAAAAUAUCCUUGCAGAGUUAUGUUUUACCAUUGCAGAAAUUCCAGUUUUUCCAUUUCCAUUUCAGACCUGUUUAUUAUCCUUUAGUGCUUAGAGUAUAUGUUGAGCUUUAACUAAGCUUGUUUUGAAAUAGAAAGUGGUGUGCCAUGUGAGCUGUUUGUGUAUUUGUACAUUCUCAGCUUACAUGGUGCAGCAUUGGCCCCCAGCUAGUGGCAUAGCGAGCUUCUCAGAAACCAACACCCAGGCGUGGUGAUUACGGCUCUGGCAGGGCUCUACGUCCGCUUUUACAUGAUAUGAGGUUUUAUCCCACCUCUUUCAAAAACACGCCUAACCUUAUUUCUAUGAAAAUGUUGAUGCAUAGCUCACAAGUGAGCUAAAUAUGCUAAGAUGUCUGAGGUCAUUUACUUACAUGAUAACCCCUUCCCUCAAUAGUAGACAGCAAAGGAAAACCAUGUUAUCCCAUUUGAGCUGGGUUCAUACAUUUUUAUCUCUGUGUUGUCUAAUUAUCAGGAUGCUUUGUUUUUUUAAAUUGAGAUUCAUUUUUGUGCUUUCAUGCCUUCAUUCUGAUUGGACACUCGAUAAAGUUGGGUUUUGUUGCUACCAGCUAAACCAUCUCAUUUGAGCUUUAAAUGUUUACUUAAACUACAUGUUUAAUAUAACUUUCAAUGUGUUUGAACUCUUAUCAGUCUUAAGUACCAGAUACAAAUUCUCUGUCUGCAUUUUUAAAAAAAGUAUUGACCCAGGGAUAUUUUCUUGUUCUUAGUAUAUGUUUCUGCCCAUACAGAGAAGCAAAGGAAGCCUACACAAAGGUCCCUUGACCAGUAAAAUUCACAGUUUGUGAUCUGAGUGGGUGAUGGUGAGUCCUUUCACUGCAGGUUGAGUCAAGAUACCUGAUGGGGUGUGCACCUCAGCUUGGCUCAAUGAGAAAAAGACUCUUUCUCUUCUGCUUUCUCUGUUUGUUACGACUGUCUCUCCUCAACGGAUGGCCAGGACGAUUUCAGGCUCUGACGGACACAAACACCCCCACUUUCAGUCACACGAGCAGCAGUAGAAACAUCACCAUCCUGCUGUGGUACUGGCCCUAUAGCAGGCCAUUUAGCCUGAGGGGUGAUGUGUGCUGGGACCGCUACCAAAUCCCUCACUGCAGACUGGUGGAUCAGCGCUCUGCGUUUCCCUCAGCAGACGUGGUCGUGUUCCACAAUCGGGAGCUGAUGCAGGGCAGCCAAAAGCUGCCGUUUGACCUCCCACGUCCACAAAGCCAGAGGUGGGCCUGGAUGUCUCUAGAAGCCCCUGUUAACAGUGAAAACUUGAGCCAGUUUUCUAAUUUCUUCAACAUGACUAUAACCUAUAGGAGAGACGCGGAUGUAACUGUUCCCUACGGCGAGCUGCUGCCAAAGGAAGAUAAAGGAGAAGAAGACAUCCAUCAGAAUAAAAGCUCUUUGGUUUGUUGGGUUAUCAGCAACUACAAGAGCCAGCACAACAGAAGCAGAGUGUACGAGGAACUAAGUAAAAUUGUUCCUGUGAAACUUUAUGGACGUUGGGCAAAGAAACCUCUAACAUCAAAAGGCCUCUUGCGAACAGUCUCUCACUGCUACUUCUAUUUGUCAUUUGAGAACUCAUUCAGCAAAGAUUACAUUACAGAGAAGCUGUGGAGGAAUGCUUACCAAGGCGGGACAGUGCCUGUUGUCAUGGGGCCACCGUUAGACGACUACAAAGCUGUGGCUCCACCUAACUCUUUCAUCCAUGUUGAUGAAUUUGACUCUGUUAAAGACUUAGGGAAGUAUCUGCAAGGGUUAGCAGAAAAUAAGAAACGCUAUAAUGAAUAUUUCAACUGGAAAAGCAAGUGGAAGGUGAAGUUGUACACAGACUGGAGGGAGAGACUGUGUAAAAUAUGCUCGCAGUACAACAGCUUGUCUCAGCACAAAGUUUACUCUGACCUGGAAACCUGGGUUAAAGCUUUUAGAACUUGAGCUAGCAAUGCUAUGGUAUGUUCAUGUUGUAAGGUUGUAUGUUUUGAUAAUAUGUUGAGUGCAGUUUAUCAAUAUAGUACUUUACUGAUUAAAAAAAAAGGGAAGAACAGAUUAAAUUGAUUAAUAUCUAUUAUUAAAAAGAAAAAAAAACCUGAGGAUAAAGACUAAAUCUACACCUGAUAUAGGCUGGUAUCUACAGCCAAUGUAGGCCAAUAUAGGCAGCUAAUGUAGGCCAGUGUGUAGUGCAACAUAGGUCAAAAGCUAAAGCCUGGGCUGCAUGGUGGUGCAGGGGUUAGCGCUGUUGCUUCACAGCAAGAAGGUCCUUGAUUCAUUUCCUGAUCAGGGCCUGUCUGUGUGGAGUAUGCAUGUUCUCUCCGUGCAUGCGUGGGUUCACUCCCCGUACUCCACCUUUCUCCCACCACCAAAAACAUACUCAUUAGGUUAAUCGGUGACUCUAAAAUUAGCCGUAGGUGUGAAUGUGAGUGUGCCUAGUUGUCUGUCUGUGUACGUCAGCCCUGCCAUUGACUGGCGACCAGCUGGGAUAGGCUUAUUUAAAAACUAGCUUUCCUUUCUUACAUGUGUGCUCAAUAUGACCAGCUUUGUGUUAAUCACGUUACCUCAAGAUCAUUGUCCUUCAAUGAAUCACUGUAUCAUGAUACUAUCAUGAUCAUGGACAAAAUUGUAUUGUAGUGGGGAAUACACUAGAAUCCUACUUGUUGCAAUUAUUAUUGCUUCACCAAGUGCUGCAAAGUGUCCUCCUUUUUGGUGCUGUGGAAAUGGCCACCCUAGCUGACACCCCAAUUUUCAGUCUUAAUGCAAGUUCAAAUUUGGCUAGUUUAACUGCUUAGAUGAAGCAUCAAAUAGAUUUAUCAUGUCAUAGCUAGAUGCAGGACGCCCCAUGGGGGAAAGAAUUUUUUUUUCUUGCCUGCAACACUGAGAACACCAAGAUAUUUAUCUCAGAUGCCAAUGCUACCAAGCUGUAAUGAGUCAACUUAAUGAUGACCUGCAGCCACACUGUUCUUCUACUCAACUUUAAUUAGGUUGGGUAAAUAAAAAUCUACAGUAUGAAAGAUAUAGACAUUAAAAUUUAUUUGUAGUACGGAAGGCCACAUUCUUCAUAGCUCUAUAGCACUGGAGUUAUUAAUAGUCUGCUUACUCCCUCAGCUCACAGUAGAUGUGAAGUUUUGUGGGCAUUCCCCUUGAUACCAACUGCACUCACAUGUUACAAAAGAUUGGUGUCAGUCUUGUCUGACUGUCAAUAAGAAUGAGACUACACCUAUUUCCUUAAAGUCAAGAUAAAAUUCAAAACAGCUCACUCUGUUCCAAACAUAGGCUUGUAAUGCACAACAGAGAAAACUUGCCAAAACACAUGUUCUGUAACGACAGCUUCAUAAAAUGUUGUACAAAGGAUACUGGAAGGGGAACUGACAGUCUCUGAUGUAAUUUAAAGGAACAUAUAUUGAGACAUUUUGUCCUUAUUAGAUAAACCUGAAUGUCCUUUAUAUGCAUGUUGUACAGAGAAAUGCAGAAGACAGAUUUAUAUAUUUUAAGAAGAUUAAAAAAUAAAUUCCCAUGUUAGCUAGCAUUGUUCAGUGCACUCUGGGUAGUUCCUACCCUGAUCUACAUGUAACUGAGUCUCGUCAUCCCAUGAUCACCUCUGUAUCCAACCCCAGUGUGUCUUCGCUCCUGUUGCCUGUUUAUAGUGUUUCCAUAUCAGAUGCAGCCUAUAGAGCCUUGUGGAGGACCAGGGCCCACACACUUGUUUAGUAGCCCACCCUAGACUUUUCCUGGCUCAUUAUUUUAUUUAUAUAUGAUAUCUGAAUGCUAUUCAACAGCUUGAAUACAGUUUUUCUUUAGAAAAGGUGAGACACCGUGUAACCAACCAUAUCAGGCAAAAAAAAAGCAGAGUUCACUGGGCAGAGAGUGUUACAUGUGAAAAAGAGAGACUCAGCUCUCACCAUGUGAAAAUCAGACAACCUCUCUAGGUCUCCCUCAUUGAUCUCAUUCAUUCUACAGUGACUGGGAUUACAUCUGCCGAAGAAUAGUAUUUUAUUUCAUACAUCUUGAUUAACAAUUCCUAAUGACACAAAGUAAAAAAAAUUAAAAGUAACAUUUCUAUCCCAUCUGGUUGUCUUUUCAUUAUCUUGAAAGCAAAAUCAGACUAUUACUAAUGCUGUAAAUAUAAAUGAAUAGCUUAUUUAUCCUCUUAAUUUUCAAAAAGAAAUGAUUUUCUUAUGGAGAAAUUAAAAAGCAGUGUUCUGAAAAUUGGGCAUAAGUUUCAAAAAAGGCAACAUAUAUACAAAAUGCGCGUUUGUGAUGUGAGCCAAAUAAACUAGUAAAAUGUCAUUGUACUGUUCUUCAUAACUUGGAUUUCAAAUUGUGCUGCCUUUUUUUUAACUUUUGAACAUUUUUGGGCUUGGGUUUAGCACUCCACUGAUGGUCUUCAUUGAUGUGAAGCGCAACCAUUCCCUCCAACUGAGUAUUCUGAAAAUGUAUGAGUUUUGAUAUAGCAGAAAAUAAGCAGGACUAUAAAGUCCCCUCCAAAAGUAUUGGAACGGUGAGGCCAAUUCCUUUAUUUUUGCUGUGGCCUAAAAAGUAAAAAGAAAAAAAAAAAAAUACAGAGAGGAGACUCAAACAUUCUGGGACAAAGUUUAUGGACUGAUGGGACAUAGCUGAACCUUUACCGAAGUGAUGGAAAGGCUAAAGUUUGUAGAAAGAAAGGAUCUGCUCAUGAUCCCAAACAUACAAGCUCAUCUGUGAAACACAGUGGAGGUAAUGUCAUCAUGGCUUGGGCUUGCAUGGCUUCUU